AUGAGCGUGCGCAAGGCGCACAACUCUGGUCGUAACCACUUGAGGAACGUCGUGGACUACUAUCAGCAGAUCGGCCAGGAGAAGGCCCAGUCCGUCAUUGACUCCAUCACCUCAUCCUACGCCGCAGAAGGCCAGCCCCUCCCCAAUCCCGCCAUGGUGCCGGGUGCUUUCCCCCCACCAUUCGGCUUUCCAGGCCGCCCCGGUCAAGGUCCCCCUCUUCCCUUUGGUCUCCCUCCUCCUGGAGCCCCCGGUGCCCCACCAGGAAUGCCACCUCGUAUGUCCAGCCAGCCAGGAACACCCAACCCAUACCCCGGACCUCCUUCCAGCCCAGCAGUAGCUAACCAAUUCCCUCCCCCCUGGAUAGCCCCCGGUGCCCGUGGUUUGCCCUUCCCACCGCCAUUCCCCGGCGCUUCAGGGACCCCGCCAACAGGUGGUUUCCCUCCCCCCGGUGCCCUGCCUAACAUGCCCCCUGGCGCAGGAAACUUCCCUCCGCCACCCGGUGGCUUCCCUGCGAACUUCCCUAUGCCCAUGCCCAUACCCGGAGGUGGUUUUCCUCCCGUGCCUGGUAUGACGAAUUCGCCGAUUCCUUCUGGCCCGCGAGGAUCAGAGGGGUACCCCAUGCCUCCUGGAGGCGGGCCUCCUCCCGGAAUGGAUGAGAAAUGGUAA